GCUUCCCCGCGCAGUGAGCAGUUUGUCGCUGGGGAGAAUCGCAACGUGGGCUCAUACAGGGAGUUUUAGGUCGUUUACAGCCACCGGGAAUUAGCUGCAGAAAUGGCAUCUGAGGCACUGAAGUCACUUGAGAAUCAGUCUUUGGAAAAAAUAAAGAAAAGCGAUGGCAAGAGACUUUCUAUUGAGAGGGUCUAUCAAAAGAAGACUCAGCUGGAGCACAUAUUGCUCCGUCCAGAUACCUACAUUGGUUCUGUAGAGCCAGUCAGUCAGCAAAUGUGGGUAUUUGAUGAAGGGGAAGGACUGGUCUGCAGAGACAUUACAUUUGUCCCUGGCUUGUAUAAAAUCUUUGAUGAAAUUUUGGUAAAUGCCGCAGAUAACAAGCAAAGGGACUCGAAGAUGUCGUGCAUCAAAAUCACAAUUGAUCCUGAGAAUAAUAAAAUCAGCGUGUGGAAUAACGGGAAAGGUAUUCCCGUUGUGGAGCACAAGGUGGAGAAAGUCUAUGUUCCUGCCCUUAUUUUUGGACAGUUGUUGACUUCCAGUAACUAUGAUGAUGAACAGAAAAAAGUAACAGGUGGGCGUAAUGGUUAUGGUGCCAAACUGUGUAACAUUUUCAGUACCAAGUUUACAGUGGAAACUGCUUGCAGAGAGUACAAGAAAGUGUUUAAACAGUCCUGGUCUGACAACAUGUCAAAAGCUGGUGAGUCAAAGAUCAAAGCUUUCGAUGGCGAAGAUUACACCUGUAUCACUUUCCAACCAGAUCUGAGCAAAUUCAAGAUGGAGGUUUUGGACAAGGAUAUUGUUGCCUUAAUGUCUCGAAGAGCUUAUGACGUUGCUGGAACUAGCAAGGGUGUGAAGGUCUUUCUGAAUGGGAACAAACUACCUGUGUCUGGUUUCCGUAGCUAUGUGGAUAUGUACACCAAGGAUAAGUUGGAUGAAACUGGGAACCCUUUGACAAUUCUACACGAGGUUGUGAACAAUCGCUGGGAAGUGUGUUUGAGCAUGAGUGAAAAAGGCUUCCAGCAAAUCAGCUUUGUCAACAGCAUUGCUACCACCAAAGGUGGUAGACACGUCGACUAUGUUGCUGAUCAGAUUGUAACCAAACUUAUUGAGGUUGUGAAAAAGAAGAAUAAGGGUGGUAUCGCUGUGAAACCUUUUCAGAUUAAGAAUCACAUGUGGAUCUUCGUUAAUGCAUUGAUUGAGAAUCCAACAUUUGACUCUCAGACAAAAGAGAACAUGACUUUGCAGUCAAAAAGCUUUGGAUCUAAAUGCACAUUGUCUGAGAAAUUUUUUAAAGCUGCAAGCACGUGUGGAAUUGUUGAAAGCAUCUUGAACUGGAUUAAGUUCAAAGCACAGACUAUGCUGAAUAAGAAAUGUUCUGCAGUGAAGCACACUAAGAUCAAGGGAGUUCCAAAACUGGAUGAUGCAAACGAUGCAGGUAGCAAACACUCCAUGGCUUGUACAUUGAUCCUUACCGAAGGAGACUCAGCCAAGACAUUGGCUGUGUCUGGCCUUGGUGUGGUUGGUAGAGACCGGUAUGGAGUGUUCCCACUUAGAGGCAAACUGCUCAACGUUCGAGAAGCUUCACACAAACAGAUUAUGGAGAAUGUAGAAAUAAACAACGUCAUUAAGAUCAUGGGGCUGCAGUACAAGAAGAACUACGAGGAUACGGAAAGUUUGAAGUCUCUGCGUUAUGGAAAGAUCAUGAUUAUGACAGAUCAGGAUCAAGACGGCUCCCAUAUCAAAGGAUUGCUCAUCAACUUCAUCCAUCAUAACUGGCCUUCUUUGCUCAAGCAUCAGUUUUUGGAGGAGUUUAUCACCCCCAUUAUCAAGGUCAGCAAAAAUAAGCAGGAGCUCUCAUUCUACAGUAUCCCUGAAUUUGAGGAUUGGAAGAAUAACACAGACGGUCACAAAAACUGGAAAGUAAAGUACUACAAAGGUCUGGGGACGAGCACAUCUAAGGAAGCCAAGGAAUACUUUGCUGAGAUGGAGAGACAUAGAAUUCCUUUUAAAUAUGAUGGCCCUAGAGAUGAUGAUGCGAUCACCUUGGCCUUUAGCCGAAAGAAAGUGGAGGACCGUAAGGAGUGGUUGACCAAUUUUAUGCAAAACAGGAGGGAGAGGAGACUGCAUGGUCUUCCAGAGGAUUUUUUGUAUGGAAAAUCCACUAAGCACUUGACCUACAAUGACUUCAUUCACAAAGAGUUGGUUCUCUUCUCAAAUUCAGACAAUGAGCGAUCCAUACCAUCGCUGGUUGAUGGUCUUAAGCCUGGGCAGAGGAAGGUCUUAUUCACCUGCUUUAAAAGAAAUGACAAGAGGGAGGUGAAGGUGGCCCAGCUGGCUGGAUCUGUAGCAGAGAUGUCUGCGUACCAUCACGGUGAGACCUCCUUGAUGAUGACCAUUAUUAACUUGGCACAAAACUUUGUGGGAAGCAACAACAUCAAUCUUCUGCAGCCCCUUGGACAGUUUGGUACCAGACUGCAUGGUGGUAAAGAUGCGGCCAGCCCUCGAUACAUCUUCACCAUGCUCAGCACUUUGGCACGUCUCCUAUUCCCACCAACGGAUGACUGUGUUCUAAAGUUCAUUAAUGAUGACAAUCAGAAGGUUGAGCCUGAGUGGUACAUUCCCAUUAUACCCACUGUGCUGGUAAAUGGUGCUGAGGGCAUUGGCACUGGCUGGUCCUGCAGAAUUCCAAACUACGAUGUACGCGAGAUUGUAAACAACAUUCGCCGUAUGCUGGAAGGCGAAGAACCACAGCCAAUGCUUCCCAGUUACAAGAAUUUCAAAGGGCUCAUUCAAGAGGUUGGUCAGAAUCAGUCUAUCAUAAAUGGUGAAAUUUCUGUGCUGGAUUCCACUACUAUUGAAAUCACUGAACUCCCUGUCAGAACAUGGACCCAGAAUUACAAAGAAGCGGUUUUGGAGCCGAUGUUGAACGGAUCAGAAAAAACUCCACCGCUAAUUACAGACUAUAAAGAGUACCACACUGAUACCACUGUGAGGUUCGUUGUCAAAAUGACGCCGGAGAAGUUGGCAGAGGCUGAAGCAGCAGGUCUGCAUAAAGUCUUUAAACUUCAAACCCCUCUCACCUGUAACUCCAUGGUACUCUUUGACCAUGUGGGUUGCCUAAGGAAAUAUGAAACUGUAAUGGACAUUUUGAAGGAAUUCUAUGAGUUGCGACUUCGCUAUUACGGAUUGAGGAAGGAUUGGCUAGUGGGCAUGUUAACCGCUGAGGCCUCCAAACUUACCAACCAAGCUCGCUUCAUUCUUGAAAAGAUCGAGGGCAAAAUCGUAAUCGAAAAUAAGCCCAAGAAAGAACUCAUUCAGAUACUGGUGCAAAGAGGAUAUGACUCUGAUCCUGUCAAGGCUUGGAAGGCCACUCAAGAGAAGGAACAAACUGGAGAAUUGAUUGAGGAGGAUGAUGAAGAAAAUACAGAUGAGAAAUCUUCGGGGCCAGACUUUAAUUACCUCCUCAACAUGCCUCUGUGGUACCUGACCAAAGAGAAGAAGGAUGAGCUUUGCAAGCAAAGAGAUACAAAGGUUACUGAGCUCGAAAACCUAAAAAAAAAAUCUCCUCCUGACUUGUGGAAGGAUGAUCUUGCUGCCUUCAUUGAAGAAUUGAAUAUUGUUGAAGCCAAGGAAAGGGAAGAUGAAAAAGUUUCCAAAACUAGUAAAGUGGUAAAGGGCAAAAGUGGAAGAACCCAAGUUAAAAAGAUGCUGUUGGAGGAGGUUCUCCCAUCUCCUAAUGGAAGAAGGAUUAUUCCAAGGAUCACAACCGCAAUGAAAGCCGAAGCCUCAAAGAAAACUCAAAGGCGAAUAAAGUCUGAAGACAUUGCAAAGAGAAUGGAGUUUGGCGAUGAGGAAGGUGACACUAUGGACUCUCCAGAAAACAGCCCAGAAAGUCUAAGUCUGGCUGAGAGAUUGUCCAAGAAAACCAAAGCGGAGCCAGGUACCACGGCAACAAAGGGGAAGAAGCAGGCGACCUUGCCCUUCAAGCCAGUGAAGAAGGAACCUGAAAUAAUGUCACAGUCUGAUAGUGAAUCAGAUGAAGAGAGAGUGCCACGUACAAUCCAGCCACGUCGUGCGGCUUCAAAUGUUAAAUACAGUCUCUCUGACGAGGAUGAAAGUGACAAGUCGGAUGAAAGCGAUUUUGAGCACGCGUUACAUGUUAGCUCUCACUCUGAUUCGGAAGAUUCGGAAGAUUCAGAAGAUUCCUUUGUGAUUGCCAAACCUGCUCGAAAACCCAGAGCUGCCCCCAAGAAAGCUGAAAAGGCUAAAAAACCUACAAGUCCCGUGGGUGUACCUGCUCCUCCCGAGAAAACUCAACCUGUUGCUCCAAUGAUAGCAAUUGAUAGUGAUGACGAGGAGCCACCCAAACCCAUUGUUUCUGUUCCGUCCGCCCCGGUUGCUGCUGCAGAGAGGCCCCCACCCAAAAAACUGGUUAAGAAGGCAGGACCUGCAGCAUCUAAGAAAGAUAAUCAGCCCUCCAUUUUGGAAGCACUUUCGAAACCAAAGAAAACCAAAUCCACGGCAACAAAGAAAAUGACCUCUGGUUCAGAUGACGACAUCCCAGCAGUGAAGAAGGCAGCAAAAACAACAAAGCCCCGCAAGAGAAAGACCUCAGAGACAGAGGAUUCAGACUCUGAUUUUGGGGCUUUGAAGAAAUCCACAGCACUAAAGAAACGAAAACCUGCAGGUGACGAAAGCUUUAAUGUGCCCAUUAUGUCAGAUUCAGAUGGAGGAGAUAUUGUUCCACGUGUGCGACCGGGGCGAGCAAAGAAAACCAUCAAAUAUGUAGAAGACUCAGACGAUGACAUGUCAUAACUUUUUUUAUUUAUUAUUUAUUUAAUUUUAAAUUGUACGAAUCCCUUGCGAAAAAUGUCAGACUUCCGAGUGACCCACAUUGCAUGUAGUCUAUCUGAACCAGAAAUAUGGCAGCUAUAAAACUUGUUAUUAAAAAAAAAAAACUACUUUUGUUAGUUGCAGGUAGAUUAUGACUCAAAACCACGUAUUUGCUAGGUCUUCAUUUUUAGACUACAGUUCCCAGAAUUCUGUCCGUGCUGCUGGAAUUGUUGUCCAGUCACCAGACAGCCACAGUUGGACCAGCCUAGUUUAGAUGCACAGGUUUUGUAGAAUGACAGAUUUGCUUAUACACACACACACUCUUGUACUGGUGGGUUUUAUUAUAGUUGUGUAGUUGUAAAACUAUUUUAAAUAAUUGAUUGUAAUACUGAAAAGUGUAAUAUCUAAACUUGUAUGAACUACUUCCCCCUGAUUUUACUGUACUCCAGAGGUUAUCAAGCCUCUAUUAGUCUUUUUUGUUAAACUGAACUUAGGUUGAAACUUUGCAUGCAGUUUGGACACAAUGGUCUAUACUGUGACAUGCAGCUUCUGCGUAUCAAUCAUUUGUGACUGCCUACACAUACGCACUUGCCAUAUAUUUCUAUGUUUGUCUGUCUGUAUAUAUGUUCUUUUAAUUUCUCCUAUUUUUGUCCAUUUUCUUACACCUUUCUAAU